AUGCCCAUCGUCCAGCGCUUUAUCCACUGCGGUACUUCUUGGAACACCGAGUCCUUCACCAUCAACAGUCCCUUUAUGCGCAAGAUCCUUCUGGAAGUCCUUGAGAACUACCAAGACCUCGACUUGGAUUGCGAAAACUGGACUUUUCGUCCACCUUACAUACCCCUCGUUCAUCGGUGGCAGCGACUACAGGACUUUUGCCAGAGAACUUUGGACCCGGCGUUGAGCAAAGCUGGUCAGGAGCUGAUCGAAUUUUUGCUUCCCAUCGUUGGUCCCUCGGUCAAUUCUCUUGUGCAGACUCGCCUCACGGGCAAAGUCGAAUUCGACCACCUCUGGCAAAUCUUUCCUCCUGGUGAGCUUGUCAUGACCAAGAUGUACGGCCAGGACGCCAUCUGCCGCGUUCUCAAGCACCACUUGGUUGAAAAGUCUUUCUCCUGCCCUGCCUAUUGGGUCAUUGAUAUGGAGUAUGUCGAUUGGAAUGGCGACCGAUGCGGUUACUCGACCAUGAAGACCAAGAUUGCUGGCUACGAUGGCUAUCGCCGGGCUCGUCUGCUGCCCACUUGGCCAAUAUCGUUUGACGCCGACCCAGACGCGAUCAAGGCCAAGAUGACUGCUCGCGGUCGUCAGUUUGAGGAAUUGAGGACCUAUCACUUUAUGCAGUACGAAGGUCGGAAGAUUGUCACAAAAGGCAAUACAAAGGAGGAAGAGCCGGUAAUCCAACGCCGCCGCCGCUCCGACGCGAGCAACAGCAGCUUGUCCUCCGAAGAGUCCAUCGCUAUUGAAGAGCUCAAACUCACCGUCAAGAGUUCUGAGACAAAGUUCGAACGCAAGGAAGAUCUCACUCCUCUCACCGACGAUCAGUGCCUCCUCUGCACGCCGUGGGUUAACGGUUUCGAUCUCAAGGCCAAGGAGUGGGGAUUGUUCCUCGUCGAGGAGAUGAAGGAGAUCGUCUGGAAUGACGAUACUUUUUCGAACUUGGUUCUUCCUGGAGAUGAGAAGGAGCUUGCCUGGUCGUUUAUCGACAACAAGAACUUUGCAAACUCGGACUUCGAUGACUUUGUCACUGACAAGGGUCGUGGCAUCAUCAUUCUCAUGUUCGGUCCUCCAGGUGUGGGAAAGACGUAUACCGCUGAAGCAGUGGCAGAGAAGGGCCGAGUCCCCCUCUAUGCCAUGAGUGCCGGUGCUUUGGGAACCAAGCCAAACGAAGUCGAAGCAGCGCUCGAUCGCGCUCUCGAACUCUGCCGUCUCUGGAACGCCAUGCUUCUCCUCGACGAAGCCGACGUGUUUCUAAGCGCCCGAAAGGAAGAUACUCUCGCACGCAACGAGCUUGUCUCCAUUUUCCUUACCAAACUCGAGUACUACCAGGGCAUUCUCUUCCUGACCACGAACCGCGCCGCCAGUCUCGACCAUGCGUUCCAGUCCCGCGUCGAUCUCUUCCUCCCAUACAGCGACCUCACCACGGCCGCCCGUCGCCAAGUCUGGCAGAACUUCAUCAAGCGCGCCGGUGGCGAUUUGCGAUUCAAGGUCGCCGAACAAGACUACGACCGGCUUGCGGAGUUGAAGCUGAAUGGUCGCGAAAUCAAAAACUUGAUCAAGAGCGCUCGACUGCUGAACAUGAAGAGCGGACAACCCGUGACGACUGCGAGACUUGCCCAGUUAGCGGAGAAGAGGAUCAUGGCUAUGGAUAUGUUGAAUGGUGGAGAGGACUUUGUUUGA